CGUUGGCGCCGCGCGGUGCCGCUGAGCGGGGCCGCCCGGCGCAGACGGUGGGGGAAAGAUGUCGGACACCAAGGUGAAAGUGGCCGUCAGGGUCCGGCCCAUGAACAGGAGAGAGCUGGAGCUGAACACCAAGUGCGUGGUGGAGAUGGAGGGCAACCAGACCGUGCUGCACCCGCCGCCUUCCAACAGCAAGCAGGGAGAAAGAAAACCACCAAAGGUGUUUGCCUUCGAUCACUGCUUCUGGUCCAUGGAUGAAUCAAACACUACAAAAUAUGCAGGUCAGGAAGUGGUGUUCAAGUGCCUUGGAGAAGGAAUUCUUGAGAAGGCCUUUCAGGGAUAUAAUGCUUGUAUUUUUGCCUAUGGACAGACAGGUUCAGGAAAAUCCUUUUCAAUGAUGGGUAAUGCAGAGCAGCUGGGUCUGAUCCCACGGCUCUGUUGUGCUUUAUUUCAGAGAAUCUCUGUGGAAGAAAAUGAAUCUCAUACUUUUAAAGUUGAAGUGUCCUAUAUGGAAAUCUACAAUGAGAAAGUCAGAGAUCUACUUGACCCAAAAGGGAGUCGGCAGUCUCUUAAGGUUCGAGAGCACAAAGUGUUGGGACCAUAUGUAGAUGGCUUGUCUCAGCUGGCUGUUACGAACUUUGAGGAUAUUGAGUCAUUGAUGUCAGAGGGAAACAAAUCACGAACAGUUGCUGCAACCAACAUGAAUGAAGAAAGCAGCCGCUCUCAUGCUGUAUUCAACAUCAUAGUGACUCAGACACUGUAUGACCUGCAGUCUGGUAAUUCUGGAGAGAAGGUCAGCAAGGUCAGCCUGGUGGAUUUAGCUGGUAGUGAGAGAGUGUCCAAAACAGGAGCUGCAGGAGAACGUCUGAAGGAAGGCAGCAACAUAAACAAAUCCCUUUCAACGCUUGGGUUGGUUAUAUCAUCACUUGCUGAUCAAGCAGCAGGGAAAGGGAAGAAUAAGUUUGUGCCUUACAGAGACUCUGUACUGACUUGGCUUCUCAAGGACAAUCUGGGAGGAAACAGCCAAACUGCCAUGAUAGCCACAAUUAGUCCAGCAGCAGACAAUUACGAAGAAACACUAUCUACUCUAAGAUAUGCAGACAGAGCCAAAAGGAUAGUUAAUCAUGCUGUGGUGAAUGAAGAUCCAAAUGCCAGGGUCAUCAGAGAAUUACGUGAAGAAGUUGAAAAACUGAAAGAACAGCUCUCACAGGCUGAGGCCAUGAAGGCUCCAGAACUGAAGGAAAAAUUGGAAGAGUCUGAAAAGCUAAUAAAGGAAUUAACUGUCACUUGGGAAGAAAAGCUAAGGAAAACAGAAGAAAUUGCACAGGAGAGACAAAGACAGCUAGAGAGCAUGGGAAUUUCCCUAGAGUCUUCAGGUAUCAAGGUUGGAGAUGACAAGUGUUACCUGGUGAACCUGAAUGCAGACCCUGCACUCAAUGAACUUUUGGUUUACUAUCUGAAGGAUCACACAAGAGUUGGUGCAGAUACCUCUCAGGACAUACAGCUCUUUGGUAUAGGAAUCCAACCUGAACACUGUGAGAUUGAUAUUGCUUUGGAUGGAGAAGUCACACUCACACCAAAAGAAAAUGCAAGGUCCUGUGUAAAUGGUACGCUGGUAUGCUCUGUCACUCAGUUAUGGCAUGGAGAUAGAAUAUUAUGGGGAAACAACCACUUUUUUAGAAUCAAUUUACCAAAGAGGAAAAGAAGAGAUUGGCUGAAAGACUUUGAGAAAGAAGCUUUGUUAGGAGAGCAUGAUCUGGAUGCAGCCAGUGAAGCUUCUUCAGAGCCAGACUACAACUAUGAGUUUGCUCAAAUGGAAGUUAUUAUGAAGACACUGAAUAGCAAUGACCCAGUACAAAACGUGGUACAGAUCUUGGAGAAACAGUACCUGGAAGAGAAGCGGAGCGCUCUUGAAGAGCAGCGGCUGAUGUACGAACGUGAGUUGGAGCAGCUGCGGCAGCAGCUCUCUCCUGAAAGGCAGCAUCAGCAUGGCAGUGACAGACUCUCCUACACUGCUCAGACUGCACAGCAGAAAGUAAAUCUGUGGACGGAAGAGAGGGAUGAAUUGUUUCGACAGAGCCUGGCUAAACUUCGAGAGCAGAUAGUGAAAGCAAAUACGCUGGUGAGAGAAGCAAACUUCUUAGCAGAAGAAAUGAGUAAGCUGACGGAUUAUCAAGUAACACUUCAAAUCCCUGCUGAAAACCUCAGUGCCAACAGAAAGAGGGGUGCAAUAGUGAGUGAGCCUGCUAUUCAAGUGAGAAGAAAAGGAAAGGCUACUCAGGUGUGGACUAUUGAGAAACUGGAGAACAAAUUGAUUGACAUGAGAGAUCUCUAUCAAGAGUGGAAGGAGAAAAUUCCUGAGAUAAGGAAGCUCAUUGGCAAAAGAGGUGAUCCUUUUUAUGAAGCACAAGAAAAUCACAACUUAAUCGGCGUGGCAAAUGUGUUUUUGGAGUGCCUUUUCUAUGAUGUUAAGCUGCAAUAUGCUGUGCCUAUCAUCAGCCAGCAGGGGGAGGUUGCAGGACGAUUGCAUGUUGAAGUAAUGCGAGUCACUGGGUCUGUCCCAGAACGUGUGGUAGAAGGAGAUGACUCAUCUGAGAACUCCAGUGAGAGUGGGAGUCUGGAAGUCAUGGAUAACAAUGGAGAAAUUAUUCACAGAGCAAAAAAGCUCUCCUGCAGGGUAAAAAUAAAAGAAGCAACCGGACUGCCACCUAAUCUCUCCAACUUUGUCUUUUGUCAAUACACAUUUUGGGAUCAGUGCGAGUCAACAGUAGCAGCACCAAUUGUAGAUCCAGAUGUGCCUUCACCUCAGAGCAAAGAUGCUCAUUUUACAGUGACCUUCUCUCAUUGUAGGGACUACGUGGUGAAUGUCACAGAGGAGUUUUUGGAGUUCAUUUCAGAAGGAGCUCUUGCUAUUGAGGUGUGGGGUCACAGAUGUACAGGCAAUGGCACCUCUGUUUGGGAAGUUGACUCUCUUCAUGCUAAAACUAGGACACUGAGAGACAGGUGGAAUGAAGUAACUCGAAGAAUAGAAAUGUGGAUUUCCAUACAAGAAUUGAAUGAGAUGGGAGAAUAUACUGCAGUUGAACUCCAUCAGGCAAAGGAUGUAAACACAGGGGGGAUUUUCCAGCUUAGGCAGGGUCAUUCUCGCAGAGUUCAGGUGACAGUGAAACCUGUACAACAUUCAGGAACGUUGCCUCUCAUGGUAGAAGCAAUUCUUUCAGUCUCUAUAGGUGGUGUGACUGCCAGAUCAACCAAAUUGCAAAGGGGCUUGGACAGCUAUCAGAAGGAGGAGGAUGAUGGUGGUGAUAUGGAUAGUUAUCAGGAAGAAGACUUAAACUGCGUACGAGAAAGAUGGUCUGAUGCACUGAUAAAACGCAGAGAAUACUUAGAUGAGCAGAUUCAAAAGAUCAGCAAUAAACAAGAAAAAUCUGAGGAUGAUAUCGAACGAGAAGCUCGGCUGGUAGAGCAGUGGGUCGGGCUGACGGAAGAAAGGAAUGCAGUGUUUGUUCCAGCACCAGGCAGUGGGAUCCCCGGUGCACCUGCAAAUUGGAUUCCACCUGCUGGGAUGGAAACACAUAUACCUGUCCUCUUCCUUGAUUUGAAUGCUGAUGACCUCAGUGCCAAUGAACAACUUAUAGGUCCCCACGCAUCAGGAGUUAACUCAAUCCUACCAAAGGAGCAUGGGAGUCCAUUCUUUUAUCUGCCAAUCAUAAAACACAGUGAUGAUGAGGUUUCAGCCACUGCUGCCUGGGACUCUUCUGUCCAUGAUUCAGUGCAUCUGAAUAGAGUAACUCCUCAAAAUGAGAGGAUUUACUUAAUAGUGAAGACUACUGUGCAGCUCAGCCAUCCUGCUGCAAUGGAACUGGUCUUACGGAAAAGGAUUGCAGCCAAUAUUUAUAACAAGCAGAGUUUUACCCAGAGCCUGAAAAGAAGAAUAUCCUUGAAAAAUAUAUACUAUGCCUGUGGAGUAACCUAUGAAAUAGUAUCUAAUAUACCAAAGGCUACAGAAGAAAUUGAGGAUCGUGAGACCUUAGCUCUGAUGGCUGCAAGGAGUGAAAAUGAGGGUACAUCUGAUGGUGAAACUUACAUUGAGAAAUACACACGUGGAGUACUGCAAGUGGAGAACAUUUUGAGUCUUGAACGACUAAGACAGGCAGUUACAGUCAAAGAAGCACUCUCUACCAAAGCAAGAAACAUCCGCAGAAGCAUGAGCACACCAAACGUCCACAAUGUAUCCUGUAGCCGACUAGAUCUUUCUGCCUGUGAUGAAGAUGAUAAGGGUUGGUCUGAAAGUCACCUAGAUAUGUCUGACUGUUCUUCCAGUUAUCAGGAUGUAUCAUGCUAUGGUACUUUGCCCAGGGAGUCACCACGCAAGAGCAAAGAGGGCAGCGGUAUCACGUCAGAGAAUUCUCAUGCUUUAAUGGCCAGCCCUUUUAAAGCAUUUUCUCCUCAGCCACCCAAGUUUUUCAAACCCUUAAUGCCAGUGAAAGAGGAGCAUAAAAGGAAGACCCCACUUGAAAGCCGACCUCUGCUUAGUCAGGAGAAUAUGACUUCAUCUCAGGUGCAUUGUGCUGGCUGUGUUGUGCCUUCAGGAAGUAAUGCCAACAGCAUGCCUGUAGAAAGCAAUAGCAUACAUGAGGAAAAGAUUGAUUCUGAGGAGGAGGACAGUGAGUUGGAGGCCAUCCAUAAGAAACUGAUAAGCCCACAAAGUUUUAAAAAUUUCCGCCCUUACGUACCAGAGGAGUUUGCUGACUUCAGUGUUUACAAUGCUAGCCUGGAAAACAGGGAGUGGUUUUCUUCUAAAUCAGACUUCAUGAGUUCACGUGCUCUUGAGAAAGAGGUAUCCCGCAGCCCCACCACUAGCAGUAUCACUAGUGGCUAUUUUUCCCACAGUGCCUCUAAUGCUACUCUGUCUGACAUGCUUAUUCCCUCUAGUGAUAGCACAGACCAGCUAGCCUGUCACACAAAGGAACUGGACUGUAAUGACCCUUCAGGAUCAUCCCUUGCACAUGAUCCAAGAUCCUUGAACAAGGAAUCUUGUGAGGCAGAAAAGGAGUUAGCGAGAGAAAAGUUACCUGUGUUACCACUCAAAGAAAACAGUGCCUUAACAGAACGAGUUCCACUGUCCCUCAGUGCCACUGACACGGGCUCUCAGCAGUUACCCAGAGUUGGAUCACUUUCAGCUCUAAGCUCCUCAGAUGGCAGAAAUACUUGUCAUACAAUUGAAUUUUCUGCACGUGAAGCUACCGUGGAGCACACAAUGGAGAUUGUUGAAGAUCACUCAUUUACGGAGUUCAUGGGUGUCGAAGAUGGAAAAGACUUUGACCACUCAGCAUCUCCACAGCCCUGUUCUGUUGCGUCCUCCAAUGGAGUGAGCACCUUGGAGUUAUCCCCAGGAACUGGCAAGGAGCAGGACACGUGUGAGACCCAGCUGGGCUCUGCAACAGCAGGCAGUCAGCUUGCAAAUGCUGCGGGAAGGCCUUUGGUAGUGAAAGAGACUUCGGACUGUGAGACUUAUCCUGAUAUUUCCAUAGAUGAUUUUACUGGGAAGGACCACUUGGAUGGGUCUGACUGUGAAGACGGUGCUUCUGCAGAUCAAACCCAUGUCUUGCCUAGCUGGGUGGCAGUGGGUGAGCAAGUCUGUGUUGGAAGCAAUAAGGUGGGCACAGUGAGAUAUGUUGGAACGGUGGAUUUUUCAGCUGGCAUCUGGGUUGGAGUUGAACUAAACGUUCAGUUAGGGAAACACGACGGGACCGUCAAAGGCAGAGAGUACUUCCACUGCAAACCACGGCACGGGCUGUUUGUUCGCCCCGGGCGCCUCAGUAAAGCACCAGCGUCCACGAGGAAAUGCAGCAGCACUUGGCGGUCUCAGGCAUCUUCCACUUCAGAGAAACGGAGGAGUUCUGUACUUCAGGGCUCUCCAUCCACUCCUAAAGCAGGAGAAGGCCUCUGUCAUUCAGGAGAUGCGGCGGCCUCUGCUUUUUCUAGGAAACAAGAGAACAGGAAAUCGUGGAUUAACUGAACUGCGGUAUUUUUUGCACUUACUACACAUAUCACUGUGUGGAAAACUUUGGAAGGUAUUGUACAUUUAAAUCUGUCCAUACAGAAAGCGUAUUCCCUAGGGUCCUUGACUUCUCUAAUUUUUUUAUAAAUAAUAUAUAUUAUAUAUAUGAAUGUGUAUCUAUAGUUUGUCUGCCAGUGGGCAGAUACGGCUGCACACUAAAAUACAGUUAAAGCUGACGUGUAGAUAAUUGAGGUACUGGACUAUUUGUUAUGCACCAACGUGGGAGAUAUAUUUUAAACAAGUAGAAAUAUUUUAUUGUGGACAAGCAGGCUGUAAAUCCAUGUUUGGAAAAAGACUACGGUUUGCUGUUUUUCAUUACCAAAGAACUCGUUUCAGACUGA